GCUGCAUUCGUGCUGACCGUUCGGUGGCUGCGGUGGAAGGUGACCUCUGCGCCAGAAGACGACAAGAAGAACAUGGCUGAGCCGAUUAGAGUUCUAGUGACUGGAGCUGCUGGUCAGAUUGCAUACUCCCUUCUCUACAGUAUCGCAAAGGGUGAUAUUUUUGGAAAUGACCAGCCACUUAUUCUUUUGCUGCUUGACAUUACACCAAUGUUAUCAGUUCUGGAUGGGUUAUUGAUGGAACUUCAGGACUGUGCUCUUCCAUUGUUAAAGGAGGUGAUUCCAACCGACAAAGAGGAGGUAGCUUUCAAAGACAUCGAUGUAGCAAUUUUGAUUGGCUCCAUGCCAAGAAGGGAGGGCAUGGAAAGAAAGGACUUGCUGAAAGCCAAUGUGCGCAUCUUCAAAUCACAGGGCCUUGCUUUGGAUAAAUAUGCCAAGAAGGAAGUCAAGGUGAUUGUUGUAGGCAACCCGGUGAACACUAAUUGUUUAAUCGCAAUGAAGACUGCAACCUCCAUUCCGAAAGAGAACUUCUCCUGCAUGACCCUCCUGGAUCAUAACCGUGCAAAAGCUAUGAUUGGAAGCAGAUUGGAAAUACCAACCAGUUCUGUAAAGAAUGUGAUCAUAUGGGGGAACCACUCUACCUCCCAAUAUCCUGAUGUCAGUCAUGCCUCCGUCACACUGAAUGGAGGCAAAGUAAUGGGAGUCUAUGAUGCUAUUCAGAAUGAUAACUGGCUGAAAGGUGAAUUUAUCACAAUGGUGCAGGGUCGUGGUGCUGCUGUCAUCAAGGCUAGGAAGCUCUCCAGUGCUAUGUCAGCUGCCAAGGCUAUUGGUGAUCAUUUAAGAACCAUCUGGUUUGGCACUCCUAAGGGUGAAUGGGUGUCUAUGGGAGUCAAUUCCGAUGGAAACACUUAUGGUAUUGCUGAGGGUCUGAUAUUUUCAUUCCCAGUUAAAUUCCAGAACAAGACUUGGAAGAUUGUUAACUGUCUGGAGAUCAAUGAUUUCUCUCGUGAGAAGCUGAAUUUGACUAUGAAAGAAUUGAUUGAAGAGAAGAAUUCUGCUACUGAAUUGCUGUUGAGUGAUAAAUGAACAGUUUGAUUGUUGCCAUUAAAGCACUUAGUAGUAGUGGGCACAUUCAGUAAUAGUGUGCACCCUCAGUGUUGUGAAUAAAACCAGCUGAACGGUUUAUCAAACAAAAAAAUUCAGGCGUCUUGUGUUACGCUGUAAUGCUUCAUAAUAUUCAAUGUGCUCCUGUUGUCCUGUGUUGAAAUGGGGAAACAAAAUAAAACUACCAGUAAC